UCUGACGAUGCCGGGAUGCUGUCACAGAGUUUCAUACCGCAACACGGGAGUACACAUACGGAACCCAAAGGAACCAAACGUGCGGUUGUUAAGUUCUUCGUCAAACAUUUUAUUGAUGAAUUUAUGAGUUACCCAGGCAGCAAUCAACCAGGCGUCGGCUUUGGCCAGGAGAUUCCCACCGUGAAGUCUUCACCACACUUUGACCCGAGCAGUGAUGCCUCUUUACUGAGGAAAGCUAUGAAGGGCUUUGGUACUGAUGAGGCCGCCAUCAUCAAUGUCCUUUCUCACAGAACCUCAGCUGAGCGUCAGCAGAUUAUGCUCAAGUACCAGCAGGCUUAUGGAAGGGAGGAGGAGAAGGGAGACGACACUAAGAAAAACCUCACCGGGGACUUGAUUAAGGACUUGAAGGGUGAACUGAGUGGCAAGUUCGAGGAUGGGAUCAUUGCCCUGAUGACACCGCUGCCCCUCUACCUGGCCCACGAGCUGCAGGCGGCCAUGAGCGGAAUCGGCACCAACGAGAGGACCCUGGUGGAGAUCCUGUGUACUAGGGAUAACGCUUCUCUCUUGGAAAUCAAGAAUACCUAUCAGCAUCACUACCGCAAGAGGCUGGAGGAGGCCCUCUGUGGAGACGUCUCGGGAGACUUCCGACGUCUCCUUAUCUCCAUGUGUGCGUGCAGCAGGGAUGAGAGGAACCACGACCCUGCCCUGGCUAACACCCUCGCACAGCAGCUGUAUAAAGCAGGUGAAGGGAAGAUGGGAACUGAUGAAGGGGAAUUCAAUCGUAUCCUAUCUUCUUAUUCUUACCCUCUACUGCGCUGUGUGUUCGAGGAGUACGCCAAGAUCAAGGGAAAGAGUUUUGGAGAUGCCCUGGAUUCUGAGCUCUCUGGUGACUUGAAAAUUGGCAUGAAGGCAGUCUACUACACCAUCCAGAACCGUGCUGGAUACUUUGCCAAGGCGCUGCAUGAUACUAUGGCAGGCAUGGGCACAAAUGACCGGGCACUCAUCCGGCUGGUGGUCUCCCGUGCUGAGAUAGAUAUGGGCAACAUCAAGCAAGAAUAUCAGAAACUCUACAACAAACCCCUGGAAAAAGACAUCCAGGGUGACACUUCAGGAGACUACAAGAAGUUGCUGCUGGCUCUUAUUGGAGCCUAGGGGUUAUGAAUACACAUACAUUAUUUUCCUUUUAACUUCUUCUUUUGAUUAUCUGCAAGGACAGAUUUUUAAUGACCUGCGGUGUUUCAUUAUCCAGAGCGACAUUUCCGGAGACUUCAAGAAGAUAAUCUUGGGCUUGGUUGAAGGCUAAGAGUUAUCAUUCUUACCCUUCCCUACCCACUCCAGACACCAUCAGAGAGACCAUUGCUGAUGAUGCCUGCCACACUCCCGCUUAACCAUAUAUUAAUUAGCUUUUUUAUGAGAAACUUUAAUUAAUACCAACAAAGUGCUGUUCAAUUGAUUAUCUAAUAGAUUUUUAUGUCUGUGUGUGUAUAUACUUAUGAUUUAUGCAUACAUACAUACAUACAUACAUAUACAGUACUUCACUAUACUGUACACUGUAUACACCUACUGUACUUUUAAUCACACUCAUAAAGGUGUGUUUGUAAUGUAUACAUAUAUACAUACAGUACUGUACUCAUUUAGACUUAAAUAUAUAUGUACACUUACACAGUACAUACUGUACAUGCAUACUCGUAUAUACACAGAUACAUUUACACCUACUUACCUAUGCACACACAUUCAUAUAUACACACAUGAAAAUAUGCUUGUACUGUACAAAGAUAUUGAUAUGGAUGUGUUCUCAGUUUUGUGCAUGCUUUUGUGUACAUGUAUAUAUAUUUUUAAUAUAUGUACUGUACCCAUAGUGUGUGCUGAGAUGUGUGGUUUAUAUGUUAAGGCAGUUGAAAUAAGCAGUAUGAGGUUUAUUCCCAUUUUGUCUACAUCCGAGUUAUCAUUUUUUUUUCCUUCUGUUUACGCUGGAAAUUAAUAAUAUUCCCAAAAUGUGGAUUAAUAGUUAUUACUUGAAGUGCCACGUAAUCCCUUAACUUACGCUAACCAGACUUGAGCUAACCUAACCUAACUUGAUCUAAUAAUAAAGUGAAUUAUUUUCUCCUUUCCAGUUAUUUCAUGUUUUGUUGACAUUGUAAACAUGAAAUAGUGAUAAUAGAGGUAAUGGAAGUACUGUAGUAGCCAUUCUGAGUAAAUAUAUUGAGAAUAGACAACAUGUUUGUAAUAAUUGCAGUGUACACAGCCUUUACAUUUCAACCAGCCAACAGGCAAAUUUGACGUCAUCUAUUGAAGCGAAACUAUACAUCUUGUUUUUUUAGUAACGAGAGAAAACCUUGAGAAUAUCUUGACAUCCCGUAAAACAGAGUCCUAAGUCCUAUAAACUCAUACAAGAGUCAAACAUGAUGGUAACAUAUACAGGGUAAGUCCUAGUUUGGGGAAGGACCCCCCCAGGCCCUCUCCCUCAUUCCCUCCCUGUUUUCCAAUAUUCCUGUUUGCUUUCUACUCUAAAUAAAUGAGAAGGCUUAGCAUAAGUAAAUAAAUGUUACUAACUGAUUAUACAAUAUACUGUGUUUGUUCAUUCUGGACAUGGCUAAUCAUGGUAACCAUUGACCAUAUUUGUUGCGUAAACUCAGACUAAGCAUUAAAUCUCUGUAAUUUGCAGUUAACUUAAUUACUAAAUAUUGAGCUGACACCCUUAAGCUUAUAACCAUUUAAAAAAUUAGAAUAUAAACCCUAUGUUCUCUCCUGUAAAGCAUAAUGUUAAAACCUGAAAAAUUUGGAAUAUAUCAAAAUAAUAAUCUUUAUAUACUAUUAGCCAAUGAUACAUUUAUAGUGUUUUGUGCAGUAAUAUAGUAAUUAAUAUUAUCAUUUGAUGGGGUGGCGUUGAUUGUUGCUUGUGUACUUAAUGUUUGUUGCUGCUUUCAAGUGGCUCAGUAGGACUUGUACUGUACUAAAUCCCAUGUAGGUUAGCUACUGUUUAAUGCAAAAUGCUUCCUAAGAUGCAAGUUACUAACACAUAAACUUCCAUAAGCUUGCCCUAAUAAUCUUAUCCAACCUCGUAUUCCUUCAUUGUAUUACAGUGAAGGCACAUGAGCCGCACACCCUGCCCAAGGUUAUCUUUAGGUCUCAAACAUUUUGUCUUCCUAAGGGAGCAUCACUUUUAAGGGUGAAGGCUAUGAGUAUUAUCUUCCAAGAGUUUUUUAUUUUGUCAUUUUCUCAUAAUGAGAAAUGUUAAGUUUAACAUUUGUCUCAGUGUACUACAGUAGUUCCUUGAUACUAAGCAGUGCCUUGAAUACCUGGCCAGUGUUCCUCUUGCUUGUAAGAGAAACGAACAAGCUUCAUUUGGCAAAUUAUUUUCUUUUUACUUAUAUUACUUAAUUUGUAAAAAAAAAAAAAAAAUAUACACUUAGGAGUGUUACUUAAAUGUUCUGAUUGAUGUACUGUACUGUAUUACUAGAGUAGUUUGAUGCUUAACUGGCACAUUAUAUAUUGAUUGUUUAGUCUCACUGCCAGAAUUAAAGAAUGACUUUAUUUGGUAUAUACUGUACAUGGUACAAAAAAUGCAUGUUGAUAUAUUAUAGUUUAUUGCAAUCACGCUUGGAGUAGUAGAGUGCUUUUCAUGAGUACAAAGUAUUUUUAUGUACAAGUGAUGUACGUACAUCUCAGUACAGUAUUGUACUUAUUUUACCAAAGUACUUAUAUAUGGUUCUUGUAAACAACUUGUCAGUUGCAGGUUUCAUUAAAAUUCUUGAUAAUCUGUUAUUUGUCUUUUUUUUUUAUUCAAAUUUUAAGGGCAAGUCAAAAGCGAGUCAAUAAAGUAUGGAAACUCAAGAAAAACUUGUGUGUGACAUCUUUGAUAGGAAAGCUGCUCUGUUUCAUCACAGUAGCCAUCACUAGGAAGCUUUAACUUCAGAAUAUACAGGUAAUUUCAUUAUUACUAAAUCUUGUACUGUAAUUUAGACCUUUUGAGCAAUACUGUAUUCAGUUCCCUGAGAAUGAGUUGUAAGACAGCUGUAGAGAUCACUUUUCAUUGUACAGUAGUUAGUAGCAGUAGUACAGUACAGUAUUGGGUUAAGGGGCUGUACAAUACACUAUCUCCAAAACCACAAUUUAUUUUUACAAGUUUUAGAGAUACACAAAUUACAGAUGUGAAUAUAUUAGUAGAUUAAUUAUUUUUGUGUGUGAUGGGGAUUCUAUUUUAGUUAUUCAUUAUGCUGAAAGAUACUGCAAAUAAUUACCGUCAUAAUUUUCUGGAAAUUGACAUGGGAGAUAACCAUUACACAGGUAAGGUGCUGCCAUCAGUGACAACCAUCACUUUGAAGACCUUUUUGGCUAAGCUGGACAUCCUCAGAGCAAGGGAUUCAUGGGUCCAUAAAAAAAGGCCGAGACAUGGCGAGAACACACUUGGUAAUCCGUACACAUUGUAGGAGAAUGAACCUUCCUGUCUGGCAAUAGAUGAAAUUUAAAUAAAAUUCAGCUUUUAAAAGGUUAUGCCCCAUGAUGCUGGACCAACACCCUCCCUCCUGUGUGGUCUUAGGAAAAGAUGUGGCAGUCUAUCCACUCACCACUAUGAUUAGGCAUUUUCCUUCCCAUAUAACAAUAAGUACCAACUGUGUUGGCAUAAGGAUCACAAACCUAAUAUCAUCUUGGCUCACAUUCAGCUGGGAUACACUCCGAUCUGGCAUGUCACUUGGCUGGCUAAUAAGCUGACAAGUAGUAAAGAAGAUAAACUAUUCUCUGAGGUGGAAGAUGUGUAAUGUCCUCGGAGCUCUUUAAGGCAUUUCAAUGGCUUCAGUCAUUCAGUGCUGACCCAUGUAGCUCAAUUUGAGGGUGUAUCCUUCCUGUGCAGUUGGUGAUUGACUAAUGGGAAGAGAACCGUAUUCUCACAGUGCCCAAGCAACUACCAUUAUAAGAUGAGUCGUCUCUAUCACUCCCUCUCAUUGUUUGGACAAUAUCUCCUCCCAUUACUCCACCGAUGUCCUGUGACACUGAUGACCUACAACUUCUGUAAUACUGCUGCAUGGGGUAACCUUGUGCAAAUAAACCAGCAUAAACCA